UACACGAAGCACCACUGGUGUUAACUGUCAUUUCAUCAAAUUGUCCACAGCAAACACGGCACGAGAUGCUGUUUUCAUCUCUUGACAGCUGCUUUAAUUUGCACGGAAUCACACCGCAGAAUGUCGCUUGCUCAUUCUGCUAAAUCUGCACCAUGUGCAGAGAAGUGCACUUUUCAACAAACUCGUGGAUGUAUCAACAAGUCUGUGGCUGUUUUGCGCUGUUAACUGGUGUCAGAUUGGGAUUGAGAGCUCUCACGCUUUUCCCCAGUAUAUUAUAACACUGCUUUUUAAAUUGAUUUUGAAAGAAGGGAAAAUUCCGAUUUCUGAUGCAGUGCCAGGAUUUUUUAAAUUUUAUUUUAUUUUUUAAUUUGAGCUAAAACAGCAAAAGCGCAGUAUGUCUCUGUGUGCAGCUCAGCAUCAUGAGAGCAACUAGCUGUACAGCAUCACCUGGAUUAACGCUGAGAAAUUUCGAUGUCAGUACAGUUUGAUUAUAUGAAAGGAAAGUGCAUUCAUCGAACAAAAAGAAUUUGUAAAAAAAAAAAAAAAAUCAUAAUGGCCAAAAACACUUCUUUGUAUUUUCGAAUUGUAGAAGGAAGAAAUCUACCUGCUAAAGACGUUUCUGGUACUAGUGAUCCUUACUGCAUCGUGAAAGUGGAUAAUGAAGUUGUGGCCAGGACAGCGACCGUGUGGAAGAAUCUGAACCCGUUUUGGGGAGAGGAGUACACCCUCCACCUGCCUAUGGGGUUCCACAGCCUGUCCUUCUAUGUCAUGGAUGAGGAUACAAUUGGCCAUGAUGAUGUCAUCGGAAAAAUCUCUUUAAACAAAGAAGCGAUUGGUUCCCAAGCCAAAGGGCUGGAUAACUGGAUGAACCUGACGAGAGUGGACCCAGACGAGGAGGUCCAGGGUGAGAUUCACCUGGGGCUGGAGCUGCUCAGAGACCCGCCCUGGACAGGACUGCGCUGCCACGUCAUCGAGGCCAGAGACCUGGCCCCUCGGGACAUCUCUGGGACCUCCGACCCCUUCGCCAGGAUACUGUUCAACAACAGGACGGCCGAGACCUCUAUCAUCAAGAAGACACGCUUCCCUCACUGGGACGAGGUGCUGGAGCUGGAGCUGGAGGGCUCAGAGGUGGCAGAGGGGCGCAGCCUCACUUUGGAGGUGUGGGACUGGGACUUGGUGGGAAAGAAUGACUUCCUGGGAAAGGUGGAGAUCCCCCUGGAAUGCUUGCAGAGGUCCCCCCAGGUCCGGGGCUGGUUUCGUCUGCUGCCCCUAGGAAACAUGGAGGAUGAUGCAGGGGGUAAGCUGGGAGCCCUGAGAUUGACGAUCCGCCUUGCGGAGGACCGCAUCCUGCCUUCAAUGUACUAUCAGCCCCUGAUUGACCUGCUGGUGGAGUCUGUGAUCUGUCCUGCUGAGGUGGAGGACACAACCCCACUGAUCAUGCUAGAGGAAGUGACAACAGUGGAGAGCCGUCAGGAUGUUGCCAUGACGCUGGUCAAGAUCUACUUGGGCCAGGGACUGGUGGUGCCCUUCCUGGACUACCUCAACAUGAGAGAAGUCAACCAGACCUCUGAUCCCAACACUCUGUUCAGAUCCAACUCCCUUGCGUCAAAGGCCAUGGAGCAGUUUAUGAAGGCCGUGGGAAUGCUGUACCUUCAUGAAGUCUUAAAGCCCAUUGUGAACAGGAUCUUCGACGAGAAGAAGUACAUCGAGCUGGAUCCGUGUAAGAUUGAGCUGAAUCGGAGCAGGCGCAUCCCAUUCAAGGGCUCGGCGUCAGAGGCUGAGGUGCGGGAGAGCAGCCUGGAGCUCCUGCGGGCCUACCUGUCCGACAUCAUGGACUCCAUUGUGGGCUCCGUGGUCCAGUGUCCCCCUGUCAUGAGAGUGGCCUUCAAGCAGCUUCACAAGAGGGUGGAGGAGCAGUUCCCUGAGGCAGAAAAUGAGGAUGUGAAGUACCUGGCCAUCAGUGGAUUCUUCUUCCUGCGAUUCUUUGCCCCUGCGAUCCUGACUCCGAAGCUGUUCAACCUGAGAGACCACCACGCAGACACGCGCACAAGCCGCACGCUGCUGCUGCUGGCCAAGGCUGUGCAGAGCAUUGGGAACCUGGGCCUGCAGCUGGGCCAUGGGAAGGAGCAGUGGAUGGCUCCCCUGCACCCCUUCAUCCUUCAGAGUGUCAGCUGUGUGAAGGACUUCCUGGACAAGCUUAUAGACAUCGAUAAUGAGAAUGUGUCGGAGGUGCACCAGCGUGCUGUGUUCCUGCCCUCGGUCACGGUGAAGGAAGGCUACCUGCACAAGCGCAAGGCCGAGAGCCCACAGCUCCUGACACGCUUUGCCUUCAAGAAGCGUUACUUCUGGCUGAGCAGCGAGACGCUGUCCUAUGCCAAGUCUCCAGACUGGCAGGUGCGCUCCUCGAUCCCUGUCCAGCGGAUCUGUGCCGUGGAGAGGGUGGAUGAAAAUGCCUUCCAGCAGCAGAACAUGAUGCAGGUGGUCACUCAGGACAAUGACGGGCAGCUUCACACCAUGUACAUCCUGUGCAAGAACGUGAAUGCGCUGAACCAGUGGCUGUCCUCGAUCAGGAAGGCUAGUAUCUACAAUGAGAGGAUGCUGCCUUCCUUCCACCCAGGGGCUCACAGGAGUGGAAAGUGGAGCUGCUGUCUGCAGUCAGAUAGGACUGUCCAUGGUUGCAGCCGCACACACUCUGCUGUGACGCUCGGAGACUGGAGUGACCCACUAGACCCUGAUGCAGAGACCCAGACCAUCUACAGACAGCUGCUGCACGGUCGGGACAAACUCAGGAAGAAGUACCUGGAGUCUGCUGAUGCAGAAACUGCCAUUGACCAGGAGGAGAGGAAACACAGCCCCAGAAUCCGACCAGACAGGGUAGAGCGGAGCAGAAACUUCCACGAGCACAGGAUGGCAGCAGCAGCGCGUCUCCUCGACGUGGUACAGGAUCUGGAGCGUGCCCACCAGGCCUUCGAACGACGGGAGAGAGAGGAGGCGGCCAAUGAGAUCCUGCCUCCUUAAGCCAUGCCCCUCAGGGGGGUGGGGCAAGUGAUAGAAUGCAAAUUGACACCUCCCAUUCCCAUUGUGUUUUGUUUUGGUGGAUGUCUGUCAAACCUUGUCGCUAAUGCUGUUUGUGUUUUAUUGGAUGGGUGAGGAUGAUUGGUCAGAAAGCCUUACAAGUUUAUACGUUACUUUGCAGGAAGUUACCAAAAAGAAACAGGAGCUUUUAAAUAAAUGUAUAUCUGCAAGUAACAAGAUAAAUAAGGUCUGUCAGCUAUGGACUCAGUAACAUAAAAUAUCUAAGAUGUUCAGAUAUUUACAAUGAUACAGUUUGUCACAAUUUCAGCUAGGAGCAAACUGUGGACAUUCUUUAAAUUCUUAAAUAAUCUAUAACCUGUUUUCUAACAAUACCGAUGCUUGAUUGUUUGAGCUAUUGAAGACCAUAUCUUUGGAUCCGUUGCACUAAAUUCACAUGAACAUUUGUUACAAGCAGUUUUCUGCACUUUGAAUGUAUAAGCUUUUUUUUCUCUUGGUACUAACUAGCAGGUAUUCCUCAUUUGGUGCUAUGGAAGACCAGUUUUUAGAAUGGAAAAAGCAAACUUCAUUAUCCAUCUGCAGCCACAUGAACUUCAGUACUCUUGGUGGAAUAGUACUACAGUGCUAACAUUUGUAUAAUGAUGUCGCAAUGGUAUGAACUAAUACACACUGGUAAUCCAUUGUAGUACCAUGUCAGUAUCACUGUUCCAAACCUGUUGGCAUUGCUGCUAAUGCAGUGUUCUGCUAAUGGUUUAGUCUGGGUUUGUCCUGGAUAAUACACUGGGAUUAUAAUCAUAUAUCAAGGCUCUUCUUCUUAUGGGCCCAGGCUCACGAACAGAGGAAAGGGUUUUAUACCAAGGCGUUUCUCAGUACAGUAUUUCAUUCCUAGUGUGUCAGUUUGAAUGAGUCAGUCUAGAUAUUUGUACAUUUCAGAUAUGUCAGUAUUAACAAUGGCCAAGAAGAAGUAUACUGCAGUAAAAGGUCCUGUUGCAACAAUGCAGAAGGAAACGCUUGAGAGGGGUCUUCGUUUGUUUUAAUACAUGAACGUUUGGAUAUUGAAUAAUUGUUGCUGCUGUAGCUGAAAGCAUGAGCCCCAGUUUGCCUUUGCUCAAUAGUUGCCUGUGCUUGAUCGUAUAUUGUAUGUUAGCGAGUCCACAAUUGACAGACCUUUUUAUUACAAAGUGAAUUAUAAGAGAAGGUCUUGCAUGGAGUUCAGUUUGUACAGUAACUGUCAUUGAAGUGACCAGUGUGCCCCUAAAGUUAUAUUAACUCAUGUCUUCUGCUUGUUUUUCUUCCUUGGCAGUAUUUUUUACGGAUACAUUUCUUACAUCCACUAGUGUUGCAGAGGUUAAUGGUUCAGUUGUGGUCUACUGAGAGCACUAUUGAUUGUGGUCUACCAGAUGUAGUGUAAGAGCUCUACUUAGAGCACUAUUGACUGUAGUCUAUCAGCUGUAGAUUCUAAGAGCACUAUUGAUUGCUUCAAUGGGAGCUACACCACAAGCCUUAAGUGGUUGUUUCAGGAUGGGGGGUGGCAGUGUGCAUGCUGGGAAAUGUAGUUUUCACACAUCAGUGGUGGCAGUGUGUUAUUACACCCAUACAGCAUGUGAAAGGAAAGUGUGUGCUGGUUUCUAUGCAUGGUGAUUGCUUAUUGCAUUCAGUCGUGUUUGUAUACAGACACUUAAUGGCUGCCCAGAAAAGUAUCGUAUUUACAAUCGCUUUGCCUGUCAAUGCGUUUUACUCAUUGUUUUAUGAUAUUUUUUAUGAAUGGUGAUGUUGCUGCAAUAUUUAUUACUAACAUACUGUUUAGUAUGGAACAUGGGGAGCCAACAAACCUGAUAGAUCAAGCAUCUUAAAAGAUCAAAGGAGGAAAUAACCAUUACCAGCAAUGGAUUGAGUUCAGAACGUUGUUUAGAAAUGGUUCAAAGUAAAAUUAGAAUGGUAUUUUAAGUCAGUGGUCAGUAAAUUUAGUUAAAUAUAUAUUCAUUUCCAUUCAUAUUUUCCCACAUUUUGUUGUUGAGAAACGAAUUGCAACACCCAACUGUGCUGUAAGCUGAGUACACAGACACUGUUAUCCCAGUGCUAUUCAAUUUGAUCUCAUUUCACUGGCAAGUUAAACAGUGCAGUGCCCUGUGCUGUUUCUCUUUCAUCCUUCAUUAAGGGGUCUAGACAGACAAUAUAAAGAGAUUUACAUUAGCCCAAUAUCUGGUAGCUGCAUAUCACGUUGUACAUUCCAGACAGUCACAAUUAUGCUACUAGGAAGGGUAAGGAAUAGGUUACCUAGUCAUGUUGUUGAUGCUGAAAUGACUGGGAUCCUUUAAGACCCGACUUGAGAUCAGGCACUCGGAGCCGGACAAGCAUCGAUGGGCGAAAUAGCCUCCUCUCGCUCGUUUGUCUUAUGCUUUCAUGUGGGAUUAUAUUCUUCAUUAUGCUAAACUACUGUAUGUUACUGGCAGCUGUUUGUGUGUGUGUGUGCGUGU